CGGCAACUGAAGGCGCUGCACCAGCUGAAGGUGCUACAACACAUCUGGUGGAGCAGCAGCAUCCAUUACGGAUACAACAAAUGAUUACCCAUCUUCACCAGCAUCCUCGUGCCGCUUUUAAGUACUUUUUAUAAGGGAAGAAAACUAACAAGCAUGAUCAGGAUCAGAGUGCUUCUGAAGAUGGACCGACUUCUCUUAGUAGAAGUAGUUCUUCUAAAUUAUCAACAAGGUGGUGCAGCGGACGACGGCAUAGAUGCAAGACGGGUUAUAAAUCUCGUCACUCGCCUCGUCUACGCGUGGAUGUCGGCCGCCGAGCUUGUUGGUACACAGGCACUGUGGGCUCAUUUUGCUACACUGGCUGCGAGAGUGUCGGACGAUCGGGAACAGCGGUUGCGGAAUUUUUGCGGCUUUAUCCAAUACUCCACCAGAGAGGAGUUCUUCUCCUCGACGCCAUCUGCAAAAAAGCUUGUAGAAUUAAGACUAACUACAGCAAGAAGAGUGCAUCGUAAGGAGCAUCGCAUCUUUGGCCCCGCCUUUUCUAAUGCGGGAAAGCGCUCCAUCAAAGAUGCUUUUCAGGAUGAAUAUUUAUAAGGAAGGUCUAAUAGAAACUAUCGUGUUGAAUCCCAAUCCGAGGAGUUACAUUGGUCUCCCUACUGCCAGCAUUACUAGUUAAGGCGCAACAGAACCCGACUCCACGGACGUGGAUCCCGUUGAAGUACUGCGCUGGUAGUGAUUGGCUGCCAGUCUCGGGCAGGCAGCUGUACUGAGUCCCGUACUCUCUCCAGUACUUUAACGGGGUACAUUUUAACGGGAGUCUCAUUGAGGGUAGCACUAAAUUAGGGGAGAAAUCAGCUUCCUGAUAAAACACGCCAGUCGAACCGGUGCCGACCCCGCUGAGCAGCAAGUCGGGUCUGCCACUGUUUGUUCUAAGCUUACGGGAGGUUGCAAGAAAAUGACUACUUGUUUUGAUGCGCUUCGAAAAGGGGGCCUAUGUUGAUCUAGAAGUCUUCCAUAUUUAAGGGGGCAUAUGAUCUAGAAGGGGGCCUAUGCUUCCGAGAAUAUUACGAAGAGCAGGCCGCAUAAAAGAUAAGUUGUACUAUGCGAGAAGAUCAAGUUAGAUAGGUCAACUUCCGUUGCUCCUGAAUCAGUUUCGUGUUGCCAGCUCUCAUCUAGGAGGACCGCUUCUUGAGACGCCACAAUGGUGGAGGAGUCGGGUCUCUAAUGAGGAUCCAGGGAGCAAGCUUUUCGACAGUCGUGGGAUCUUGGUUGCUGAAGGUCCGGAGAGUGUAGUUCAGUCAGUGCUUCAGCAUUGGACCCCAAAAACUGUUUUUGAGAUGGGGGUCAUUGUCAGGGAUUGCGCGAAAGGAUUCGCGAACUAUGAGUUCUUGGAAUCAGCGUUGAGGCAGGGCCGCAACUUAAGGAAACAAGAGUAAAUAGAUAGACGUAUGUAUGCAAAUAUUUCUAACUGCAGGGUCUGUGAAGUUAAACAACCUACAAUCUAAUCCAAUCAUCAUCAUAAAUAUUUAUAACUUCUUCAUUGAAGACUGUUGCGUCUUUACAACUGAAGAUGGUGCUGAAAUGAAAUAAAGCUGCGUACUAGGCUACAGGAUUUAUUACAAUGCAUUGCGUGCUGGAUUGCAUGGCUACGAGAUACGAGGGCGCGACUUCCUUAAACCGGAAGCGCGUACGUCUAUGUAUAGAUAGUGACACUAUUUGUAGCAUCCUCGUUACUCGCAGAGGCGAGGCCAUGCGGGCCAAAGAAGACCAUUCUGAGCAUUCCUAGAUAGCCCUAAAAAUAGAGGGAAGGAGCGGCGCCGAGGACGAGACGGCACUGCCCGAUGACCCUGGUGCUACGUGGAUGAUGUCCGAGGGCGAGGAUUACGAUUACAGGGAGGUCCUGAUCAACGUUGCUGAGAUUUUGAGAAGCAUAGAGGCUAGGUGGAGCGAACACAACACGCCAAAAGGACAGAAUCAUCAGGGAUACAAACAUGACACGUCGCCUCCACCUGUGCCACCUUCAGAGCCGCUGAACUUGGACGUGGAAGUAAAUACCCGCACAACGCGAGUAUCGGAGGUAGUUUAAGACGAGAAGAAGACUUUUCUUUUUGUGAGGGUAUUCAUCUAGUUGUAAGUACUUAUGCAAUUAUGAUUAUUUGAUAUUAUAAAAUAUAGAGCAACAGCAAACAAGCUGGCAAUUUCACUAAAGUCGCCAUUUUUCGACGCAAUAACUUUCAGCCGUGGCCGCUGAUUUUUGUAGCAAAGCUCGAUAAAUGUGCAGAAAAUAGUAGUUGAAUAGACAAGAAUGAAGGAUGAAUCUGGUAAUGAAAUGAGCAGCGUUGUGCAGGAUCUUGUCUUCAGACUGGGUAGCGUGCGACAAUUAUAAAGUCGAACUUUUUGAAGAGUUGUUACUGCUCGAUGAAGACGAAGUCUUCAAUUGGUAUCAGAGUAAUUACCUGGAGCUGUUGAAGUAAGAAAAGGUUUACUUUAGGAGCGAGGGAGGGACACAGACACUCAUCUUACAUAUGUGAACCAAGUGGGCUACAAGAGAUCUAUCUUCACGGGCAUCUUGGUCCCGUUUUUAGAGGGAAGGGGGACCCGAGGCGCUGCUGGAGAGGUCAUAUGCCUCGUAAUUCUAACUGAAGUAGGUCACUUAUUCCAGAGGUGGCGCCUCGAGAGACUUCUCAGUGUCAGUCUACUUGUGCGGCCUCUACUCAUUGUUCAGGUUACCGCGUAAGAAAAUAGAAGAUGCUACUCGUCCUAGUCGUACUUGAAGAUCUUGAAGAUGAGGUCUUCUUCUAACAGUUGCCAGAGAUGAUAGCAGCUUUGCGAAGCGCCUUAGUAGAAGAAGACGGUGUUGAAAAGGAUCUACAACAGGGAUCCCGCGCGCGGACUUGGGUGACGAAAGAAUCGGGACCGAGUAGUGGGUCAUCAGGUACGAGUACGCAAGAAGAAGAAGAAGAAAAAGCUCGUCCGCUCUCGCUUUCCUACAACAGAAGGACGUAUACGUUCAACAAGGAGCGGGCAGCAGCAGGGACAAUUGUAGAGGAUGUAGCACACCCGUCAACAUCUUCGCCUUCUUCUAGUACUAGCCAAGGGGCGCUGCCCCUCGAAGUGGCGGAGGGCGCGGCACUGCCACAGACAAAGGAAGCGCUUGCUGUCGUGUCCUCAUUUCCUAACGAUCUCACUUGUCCCGAGAGGUAUAACCUCUUGUACUCGGUGGUUCAGCUGUCAGAUAACUAUGCGUCGCUGCUCAAAGUUGUUACCCGCUUGGCAUUUGACUCAGAUAUGUCUUGGACUGACAGGCAAUGUUGCGCCAGCACUAUCAUGCCUAAGGUGGGACCGGAAGCGACUUGUGAAAAAUCCUGGCAUUAUGGAUGUUCUUGUGCAAGUUUUUCCUUUUUCUAGGAAGAUCCUUUCCUAACAGAUGGGCAUCACCUUGUCCGAGAUAAAAUCUGCGUCAAGCAUUUUUGCCGGAUAGAUACUUGCUCUUCUGGGAAAUCUUCAGAAGUACCUAUGUUGUGGACAAUCUUCAGAAUACUUGUUGCUCUUCUGGUUUAUCUUGAUCUUCAGAAGUACUACUUAUGUUCCCCAUUAGGCUGAUGCACGAGGGUGGGUCUUUAUAAUUUCUAUGGCAGUCUGCCCAGGUCUUUGUGGGACUAUGGCAGGCUGCACAGAUCUUUGUGCGAGAUUCAUUGUAUUGAUGUAUAAUCGAUGAACAAAGCUUGGUAUUGGGUGGCCUCAAAGGUAGACAGUUAUAGCUACAAAAGAGGCACCAUGACAUGACAUGGAGUCCGGAGGGCUCAAUGUGAAGGAUCCCUAACCUAACCCAACCUAAAAUAUAAAGUCCGCUCUUCAUAUUAAAACUGGCUCGAGGAUCGCGUUCGGAGAUCGUCUCCAUUGGGGGGGGUUAAGGGAUGAGGCUACCUUAAGAGAAUUAAGGGUUACAGUAAUUCAUCCCGAGAAGCAUCUGCGGUCCUGUUUUUAUAAGGGGAAAGCGUGCCAAGCAAGACGCUUCUCUAGACGAAUAGAAGUAAGGCCUAAGAGAAGUAAAAGAGUUUUGUUGUUCUCCUCGGGGCCUCGGCGCGGACAUGCGUGGUGAUAUAGAGGCUCUGGCGUGGGUUAAGAGGCGAAAGGACUGUCGUGGGACCCUACAUUAAGGGCAUGCGCAUAAUAUAAGCAUAGUUGCGAUACGAUCUUCUUCAAGAUCAAGUAUCCCUGAUAAUUUCUCUCGUUUUUGUUUGUUUACCAAUAUAAGAUGAAGUUAUAUCCUCUCUCGACUUCUGAUCUAAGGUGGUCAAGGUACUAGCGUGACCAGGUUACUUAACAAUAACAAUCUAAUUACUUAUUUAAUAUAUUUCCAUAUGUAUGAUUCAGUAGAUCAGAUCAUACAAUACACAAUGAUCUCCUGGGAUCUUGACAAGUGACCUUUGUAGGAAAUAAGAGGCAGGACUUGAAACUACUUAUUGCACGGCACUACUUACUUCAAGUACAAGGGGCUAGUUGUAGUUUGUCGUACUCAGUAGUUGGAGGUGAAGAUGUUCAUCUCCCGCUGCGAAACUCAUUAUAUGUAAUUAUAUGUUACUGGUGCAUACUAACAGUCAGAAAGUAUUUAUUAUUUGAGAUCUCCAUGCAGGGAAGAUAAUUUCCGAAAGAAUGCAACUAUUGCGCAGCCUCUAAGUAGCGAACGAAUUACCUGGAGGACUUGGCGUCGUCAGUCCUGAAAAAGUUUUCAGUUAAGCGAGCAAUCUCGUAUACCUCUUGGACUGGUGAGUACUAGAUUUUACUAGUUCGCUAGCCCUUCACACUCUGAUAUGCACGUCAUCCUUGUUCAUACUCAGAAGCUGCUUUUUCUAUGUGAUGCUUGCUGGCUCUCACUAGAAUUCCUUUAUCAUGUUGAAUCAUGACGGGGACACGCACAACCAAGAGAUGACAUGACACAACACACGUGAAUUACCAGCUACACACCUAACCCGUGAACUCCGGUCUUAUGAUCAUCAUUAUCAUUAUCAUUAUCAUCCUCAUCAAGAUCAUGAUCAACAUGACUACUGUUAUUAACUCUUGAUCGAUCUUAAUUUCCUUUUUUUCGGUUUUUUGUUUUUCUAGCUAGGUCCGUCUGCUCCGCCGACGUUGUUAACUCUCGAUCUUAUAAUCAAAGAAAUGCCAAAAGCUGAUCAGUUUCGGCGUAGCUGUGGUUGAAGAGAUCGGGCGCAGACGGACAGAGUUCUGGCGUAUUUUUCGGGAGCAUCGUGGAGUUAAGGCUACCGCGAAAGCAUCCACCUCAGCAUCAUGACCUGAUGGAUCCUUGGCUGCUCUUUUCUAGACUUGGAAAAGAUCAUGCCAACAAACGACGCUCCCAAGGAUGGUAAUGCGGUAGCUCCAAUGGAGACCAGCGCGAGUAUUACUGGAUGGGGCAUUACGCAUCUCAAAGCUUUCGCCGCAAUUAUCUGAUGUAUCUGAAGGGCGAAGAUUGUAACUCGGCAAUUGGUGUGAAGAGGCACCUAGCGAAGUCCGAGGAGUUGGUGUUGCGAUCGACAAGUGCAAUGUUAAGCCUUCGUCCCCUACUAACCCAUCUCUUGCUCUUCUUACUUAUUAUAGGGUCCCUAAGGGAAGAUGAUGAUGAUCGUAACUACCUUAAUAGACCCUAAUACAGGGGAGAUCCUAGGGCAACAUACGCUUGAGCAGGGGUCUCAUCUAAUCUACAUCGUUCCGUCCUCAUCUAAAGAGCUCUAACAAAGGGAAGAGGAGCCGAGUGGCAGUGUAAGUUGUGGGUUCCAUCUCCGUAUGCCGAGAAAGCCGCCGAGAUGAAAGACGACGAGGAGACAGACGACGGAAGACAAGCCGCCCUUGGAGGUAUGGAUGAUGUUUAUUCCAUCCUUUUUCCCCGUAUAACUGUAUAGCUAAAGGGGGCUCCUCAAUGGUCUGCCUAGAUGAAAAAAACGCCAUUCAUAGUUGGCGACUCCGCAUCUCCUGGGCCUGGGGAGAGACUCGUGGGUAUCAUGAAGCAGGAGCCUGAUGUUGCAGAGGAUUCGAGCACAGAAGAUGAGGUCGUAACCGUCCCUCGACUACCAUGGAAACGGAGAACUUCAAUCUGGAAAUGUUACGAGGAUGAGGAAACAAUCCAUAGGGUGAAGGAGGAUUUUUACUCCGUCGCAACGUGGACGGCAGCCACAACCUGGCUGGAUUUAGUACGUGGGUUAAGGCUUGGAGGAAGUUCUACUUAAAUCUAAUAAAAUAAAAAUCUAUGAGGACCUUUUCAACAACGGGAAAAAGAAUACAUAGAUUGAUAUGUUGGGGCCGAAAUACUGCAACGCCCUUAUGGCAGUCUGCACUGUACUUUGUGCGAGAUUUUUUGUAUUGUAUUGAGCUGCUCCCCUAUCAAGCUAUUUAUUUUCUUUUUCCUGUUGCUUUCCCGUAGCUGUUGCUAGAUCGGUCAAGAACCUGCAUCCCGUUCUAAAUUCGGGAUCCGAAUGCAUCAAGCGUUUUUGCCGCCAAGAGCCGCUUCCACACGCUUGCAGCACCAACGCCGUCAAGGACGUGAUCACCACAAGAACUACUUCUACAGUUAAGACUCAAAUAUACUUCUACUUCUACACGUUAAAAAAUUUUUGACAGGAGCAAGGAAGUUUAAAUUUUGAUAAAAAUGCUACUUGUACAGUUAUGGCGUAACUAAUAUAAUUACUUCUGCAGUGAAUUGUAUGCUACAGCGCUUCUACAGCUAACUCUACAGGGAGGACCAAGAUGAGUCCUCCGAGGACAGAUUUCUCUUCCUUGUUCUAAUACAGGGCUUGCUACUGGAAUAGAAGAUCGCGCAAGCACACUAGUGGCGAAGCUUGGCGUCACUCAACCUUCCGAAGAGGACACAGCAAGUAGCCUCGCAGAAAAGAAGGAGAGAGGUCUCAACAUCUUCCGCGAGACUGGUUUUAUGUUCAGAAAACUCAAGAAAACGACAGUACCAAUACUUACUUCGGCCAUCUUUCAUCUCGAUCUCAAGAACCUCUCUUCGCUACAACUACCUUUUUCUUCAUCUACUUCCCGCCAUAGUUAGAUGAAUAUAAAUAUGAGAUUACUACGAGAAGUUGUUGUAGUUGUAGGUUGUCUAUUAGAGUAGCUCUCUCGUUACUUCACAAGCUGAGCUUGCAAAUGCUAUUUUUACAAAGGAACAACAAAUCAAAUGAGGGGGCGGUCGUCUACUUGAUGCCCUUUCAUCCGCCUGCAUGAGGCGCUAUUUCACUCAGGGAACAAACGGCGCCUACUAUCGGGAACGAGAAGAUGAGAAGCCUUCCUCCUUUGUAGUAUAUUAUAAUUACGAUGAAGAGAGAUUAAUUAAGGAGAAGGCUCCGCAUCUUCUCGAAGCUGAUGCCCUGGACCGUUUACUGUCAUUCGGUCUCCAGUCUCCGUGCAUAGUAGAAGUAUGUAGUGUAAAGUGUAUUCUCCAUCGCAGUAAUAUUUAAUGUAGUAGUGCUUUAUAGCACGCGUGGUGCAUGGAGUACUUCUAGCAUGGAGUGCAUGGAGCACCUGCAGCCUGCCCACGCCUGGAGUGCAUGGAGUGCAUCGCAAGCGUGUAAAGGACGGGCACGCGUGGAGCAUGCCCCGCCGAAGUUGGGUCUGAUAGGCUAGACGCCCUUGGGGGUGCUUGGCUUGGUGAUGUGUCGAGGGGUGACGCUGACGUUACCAGCGGCGCUGGAGCUGGUUUGUGGGGGGCCCUGAGCUAAGGGAACCGGCUUACGAGUGAGUGGGCUGGGAGUUGUAGCCGUCGGGGGGUUGUAGCGUAGGCGGGGAGUACUAGCCCCUGCAACCAUGGGCAAUCCAUGCGUCGAGGGGUGCAGCCGGCGGUGCUGAGGCUGAGGCCUUGGCCGCCUUAAAGGCCCCCGCCCGCGGGUGAGUGGCUGGCCUGGGAGUCUUCGCUGUCAGGGUUGGUUGACAGGCCAAACGCAUGGGGGGCACGGUCUUGGACGUAAGACGCCAAGGGGUCGCGACGUCGCUUGCGGCGCUGCGCUGCUUUGCUGCGUGAGCGCCCUGAGGGCACCGGGCCCGGGCAACGAGUGAGGGCGUCGGCCGAGGGGCUCUGCGUGGCAGUCGGAGCUGGGGUUGGUGGGUUAGGCGUCUGAGGUGCCUUCCCGGAAUACCGAGCUGGAGGCGUGUGCACUCUGACAGAGAGGCGCCCGAAGGAUGGAGUGCAUGGAGCACCUGCGCUAUGCUAUUCUACUUAUGUGUUCCAUGCACUCCAUGCCAUGGUGCGCAUGGCGAACCUUAUAAUAUAAAUAACUACUCGGGACGCCAAACAAUCAAAAUAACUACUCGGGAUGCCAAACAAUCAAUCAAAAAUUACUGAAUAACAAUUAGUUACUACUGUAGUAUGUGUAUCAUGAGUGCUCGUGCUCCUCGAGUACACUUAAUAUGGUGCCUAGUGCUUAUGCCUAACAAGUAGUUUUUUCUAAAAAUUGCGCCGAUCCAGUGGUUGGAGAUCGACUCGCGCUCAAUCGAGAAACGACGGCGAUACUCGAUGCGUGGAAAUUAAGGCUAGUUUUGCACGACUAUCCCGCGUGGACUAUGCUGCUGUCUGAGUGGAGUCCUCCUUGAUUUAACGGGGGGAAUAUUAAGGGGAAGAACAAAAGGGCAUACUCCUCCUCGAUUUAACGGGGAAAAUAGGGGAGACCCGGAAAUAAAGGCACUCAAGCAGGCAAGCAUAGUCACAGACUCGCGUUAAGGAAAGGAGCGGUAAAUGAAAUCCAUCCGAUGGCCCUGAGCGCUGCUGACGCAAUGAUGGAGAACGACAUAGGCCAAGUGGAAAAGAGAGUGGCCGCGGAUGAGGAUGGCGACCAAUCUAAGGUGGACAAGAACGAGGCUACACCUGCUACUCCUAGUCCUCAUACAAGAAUUAGUACUAGUAUUAAGGCUUGUUCUACCUGCUCAGCAGAGGCCGCAUCUUCAGCAGCUUUUAAUCCUUGUAGUUGACCCUUUUUCUACUUGAAAAAGAAACCCUCUUCAAGGAGAAUAUAAUCAUGACAACUUGCAACGAAGAUGACUCUCAACGAAGAUAGCUCUAAUAGAAGUAGUAGCAGCAGGUCGAGCAGUAGUUCUUUCCUCGAUUUCUUCAUCCACAAUUUUGGAGGAUGGAAUUCGUCUGCGGAUGAUCAUGUUGAGUAUGAAAGUAAAAAGUGCACUCUCUCAUACUUAGUACUCAAGAAGAAAUCAGGAUCAGUUAGUAGGAUUCAAUUUGUUUUUAAGUCGGAAAGUUAGUAGUAGUACUAGUAGUAAAUUACUAAUUUGUUUAAGUCUUAUUUCAAAUAGUGAAUUUCAUCUUGAGUGUGACCACAGCAGAUGCACUUUUUCCUUUCAUAUUUAAGGAGAAUUAUGGGAGGACACUGCCUUCUGGAGCGAUUAUAUUAUCGCCUAA